UUUGUGUAAUAAAGAUAAUAAUAUUUAUUGUCAAUAAAGUACACAUAUUUUAUCCUAGAUUACCAUUGAUAAAUCUAUAUCUUUAAUAAUAAAUGUUAAUUAAUCUAUACCAUUUUUAGAAAAUGGUCUAUUUUCCAACGGAAUAUACCAAUUUCUAUUUUUACUAAGAACCUGAUCGGAAUUAAGUUAUCAAUAACUAGCCAAGGCCAGUAUUUAAUUUAAAUUUAUACUCCUGAUUACAAAAAGGGUACUUGUACAAAUAUCUUAUGUCACAUUUGUCGAACCGGCGUUAAAAAGGCGUUCAUAACUAUAACAAUUGCUGCGCUUACAUAAAUAUUUAUAAGCUCUGUUGGUAUUCUUGUAGAGCAGAACUUUACGUUAUUUAGUAUCCAGCUCGAGACUUUAUUUAUUAUUUAACAAACUUUUAUAGAAUACGAAAUAUGAAGAUCAGCGGGGCUCUUUUGUUGGUUACUGCAUUGUUUAGUGUUUCCAGUAAUGCGGCUAUUCAUAAAAUGACGUUGAAGAAAGUUCCUGAGACCCCGUCUCAGAAAAUGAGUCGUUAUUCACAAACUGGCGAAUACUUAACCCAAAAAUACUUUGGUAAUUCACGUUAUAUGCAAGAGGCGAACCAAAAUUUUCGCCCGGGUGAGGUGGAACAUGGCGUACCUUUGUCAAAUUAUAUGAAUGCUCAAUAUUUUGGAGAAGUUUCUCUUGGAAACCCACCACAAACAUUCAGCGUUAUAUUUGACACUGGUUCUUCUAACUUUUGGGUUCCUUCCACUCAUUGUACCUCUAUUGCAUGUUUUCUUCAUCGUCGAUAUGAUUCUAACCAAUCAAAAACUUUCAAGCCUAACGGUACCGAAUUUGCAAUUCGAUACGGUACUGGUAGUUUAGAAGGCAUUAUUAGCAAUGAUAUUUUAACGGUUGGUGAUAUUACCGUUAAAAAUCAAGAUUUCGGUGAAUCUGUAAAAGAACCUGGGUUAACCUUUGCUUUUGGCCGAUUCGAUGGCAUUUUUGGACUUGGUUAUGAUACAAUUUCCGUAAAGGGAGUUGUUCCUCCAUUUUAUCAUAUGGUUAAUCAAAGACUAAUUGAUGAGCCAAUUUUCUCUUUUUGGCUUAGCGAUGCUGAUAAAGAUAAUAGUGUGGGGGGAGAACUUGUUUUUGGUGGUGCUGAUGAAUCACACUUCACAGGAAAUAUUCACUGGGCUCCAAUUCGAAGAAAAGGUUAUUGGGAGAUAGAACUCGAGAAAGUUGUUUUUGAUGGUGAAGAUGUUGAAAUGGAGGAUACAGGUGCUGCAAUUGAUACUGGCACAUCACUCUUGGCCGUACCCACAGUCAUUGCUGAUUUAAUUAAUAAACAAAUCGGUGCUAAGAAAAACUUUGCUGGUCAAUAUAUCAUUGAUUGCGAAAAAGUUCCUAGUUUACCCGAUUUCAGUUUGCAAUUCAAUGGCAAAUUGUUUACCUUAACUGGUUCAGAAUAUAUCUUAAAAGCACAAAACCAAUGUAUUUCUGCUUUCAUGGGCCUUGAUAUUCCCGAACCUCUUGGCCCAAUUUGGAUCAUUGGAGACGCUUUUCUUCGUAAAUUUUACACCAUUUAUGAUCUCGGUAAUGAUCGGGUCGGUUUCGCUAAUUCCACAAAUUAAUUCUAGUUUAUCUGUUGUAUUUUUAAGCAAUGCAAUCGUUUUUUUUUUGUAAUUUGGUAAUUUAUUAAAGUUAUUAUUUUUCUUUCACUUAUUGUGUAAUUUUUUUACAUUUAUGUCAAUAAAUAUAUAUAUGAGUGAAUAUGAGGCUAAAUAGUUAAAAUUUAUUUUUCGAGUGAAUCUGAAAUAAGUGGCGGUGUAAACUUCACUGUAUCAAUAUACACACAUUGGCCAAUGAUUGUAUUUUAUCCGUAUAAAGAUUUUAUUGAGAGUAAUAAAAUAGUAACAAACCAAAUUGUACGGACACAAACGGCUCUUAAGCAAU